AUGCCAGGCAUCUUCCCACGUGUUCGAGGCCCCCCCAAGGAAAUUCCUGACCACUUGGUGAAAUACUCACAUGCCGAAGAUAAAUAUGCCUUUCUGACAUAUUUUGACACCAUUUUCGUCAUUGACGACUCCGGUUCCAUGAAGGGCAAGUUAUGGAAAGAGGCUGCCGAUGUGCUUCGUGCUAUCACGCCUAUUUGCACCUCACACGAUAAGGACGGCAUCGACUUGUAUUUCUUGAACCAUAGAUCACGGAACAGGGCACCUGCUGGUAAAGGGCCACAUGGAUACUAUGGUAUCGACAGACCCCAAGAGAUAACGGCAUUAUUCAAUUCCGUUUAUCCACACUCAGGUACACCCACGGGCAUAACGCUGUCGAACAUCCUUAGUCCUUAUGUCAGGAGAUGUUCAGCCGAUGGCGUCGAGAAUGUCAAGCCUAUCAACAUCAUCGUCAUCACGGACGGAGUUGCUUCUGACGAUCCAGAUUCAAUCAUUGCACAAUUCGUUGGUGAACUCGAUAGACUGAACGCACCGCCGCAUCAAGUUGGCAUCCAGUUCUUCCAAGUCGGGGAGGAUAAGGAUGCUGGAGAUGAUCUGAAAAUGCUGGAUGAUCUAUUUGGAUCCGAGAGCGGCAAACGCGACAUGGUGGACUCGGUGACCUGGGACGAGCAAGAACAUGACCGAAAGCUUGACCCUACUCUCCCCAAAACCCUUUCUGGAGACACCAUCCUUAAGAUUGUUCUCGGCGCGGUCAUUCGCCGCCUGGACAAAUUACCUACUCAGAGGCCUACCACUUGA